UCCAAUGAAACGAAACGCCCAAUCCUGAAACAUUUGAAAUUCAGCCGCUCAAGUUACCGUUAGAACCCGUGAACGACCGGAAGAAUAAUGCCAAUCACCGGCGGCAAAUCCAAAUCAAGAAUGAAGAGGAAGCCCCUCAGAGAUGUAUCAAAUGCUACUGCUUUCAAACGUCCCGUAACCACUCAUUCAGUUAUGAAGAAACAAGAAUCAGUCACGACUUCCGGCGACCCUCUCGAUCGACUCCUCCUCGUUCACUCCGAUCUGUCUGUUCUUAUUCACCAGAUCGACGAACUCGUUGUCCAAGCGUUGGAAAAAAAAGUGAGGAACGAGAAGGAAAUAGAAUCUUUUUCCCAAGUAUUGCAUGAAAUGCAAAAUUCAUUAAAGCCUUGGGUUUCAAGAUUCCAGAACGUUCUUCCUGCUCGUGUUAUAGAAUCCAAUAAUCAACUGGAAACACGUUUCGCAAGUAUGAAAAUCACUCCUUCCGUAAACGAGGAAACAAGCAAAAAUCUAGUCAGCCCAUACGUCGACAAGUUUGACUUUUUGGUCUCCCCAUCACCGCUUGUGUCUUGGCGGCGUGCUGACUGUGCAGCAGAUGGCGGUAGAAACCUGUUCCUGCUAACACCUCUACCUAAACGUACACCAUUCUCAUCACGAUUAAAGAAAUCAUCCAAAUCAGUAUUCAAGAAGAUAACGAAUGACGUUACCGCUAAACCCGUGUGCCCAGUGGCUGAAAAUGAGAAACGCGUUACCACAUGGGAGAACGUGUUUGCUUCUCCUGAAAAGGUGGUAAGGAAGAGUGAUGUCGUUAUCGUUUCAACUCCUUACGUGAAAAUGUCUCCGCCGAAAUCUUGUACAUUGUUGGAACCGUCUUUGGAAUGGUGCAACAAGAUAAACAGCACUAUAAAACGACCCGUGGAUCCUGUUGGUGGUGGGUCGGGAGAUUCUGACCCGUCUAACUGUAAACUACCGUCUGGGCAUCUGGCUUUGAAAUAUCCUGAGAUUUUUGGAAUUAGGGCUUCUUGUAAAAUGGGAAAUUCGAGAAAAGCGGUGGAAGCAUCACCGAAUUGGUGUAUGCAGAUGUCACCGCCUAAGACGUGUGUUCUUUUGGAACCAAGUGAUGAUGAUCAGUACAAAGACGUUGAAACAGAGUUGAAGAAGGCUGAUGGUGUACCGACUGUUGUGUCAUGCAAAGAAGGAGUGAUGGAAAGCACUCCAAUGUGUAAGGAUCUUGACACCACAGUUUUAAAAGGCAAGCGUGCUGGUGAGAACACUUUGAAGAAAGAACUGUGGACAAGAUUUGAAGCAGCAACGACUCACGGAAUUCAUGUUAAAUCAGCUUUUAAUCAAGAAAGUGGUAAUACAUCCGGAACCAACAAAGGGUUUAUGGACUUGUUAGAAGAGGUUUCUUGAGAUGAAACAAACUUUUGACAAAAGUUUGCAAAUGCAGCAAGUUUUGGACUAUUGAAGGUUCAUGAUGGUUUGUACUUUCAGUCUAAUGAUGUUGGUCCAUCAGAAUAUUUGUUAAUGUUCUUGAAUCUUGAAGUUUGUAUUCUAUAUGAAGUUGCAAUUUGAUACAAAAACAUUAAAAUUU